AUGACACAAACAAUAUCACAACAAAGGAAACCAUCAUUUACGUUAAAUUAUAAAAAAGAAGAAGAAGAGAGCUGGGAUGAUAUAGAAUUUCCUGCUUCUGGAUUAUUUUUAACUAAUAAUAAUGAAAAGGAUUAUGGAUUAUCAACAACGACAAGAGAUAUGUCCGGAAUAACGAUACAAGAUUCUUCAGAUGAUGAUUCUUCGGAAGGUAAUAAUUAUGAUGACAGUUCGGUGGAAUCUUCUGCAUCAUCAUCAACAUCAACAAAUAACAAUAGUUCAAUUAACAAAGUUAAAGAAAUGAUGAUUAAUAGAGGAAUAGUGGCAACAAAUAAUAAAGAUGAAUUCAGUGGAUUAAUUACUAGACUUGUGGGAAAAAAUAAUAAAGUGGUAGUUGGAGAUGAUUGGGAUAAUGAUAUGGAAAUACCUGAGGAAGGAUUUUCAAAUUUAACAAUUACUAGUAAUAAUAAUAGCGGUGGUAAAAGGAGUAAAUCUAGAAGCUCCUCUAUUACCAUUACUAAUUAUAACAAUAUUAUUAAUCAUUAUGAAUUUGAUAGUUGGGAUGAGGAAGAAGAGGAGGAUUAUAAAAAGAUUGUUAAUGAAAAUGAUUUUAUUACUUCACCGAGGCAAUUAGUGAUAAAACGAAUCGAAGAUCCUUCUAAAGUAUUUUCAAUAUCAAAGGAUAUAAAGGGUAAAUCUGUAGAAAGUUUCGAUGAUGAUUUUGAUUUUUCCGAGGUGGAUUUAAGUAGACUGAAUUUAUCUGCUGAAACGUUAAAAUUAUAUCAAGAAUCUGAUCAUGAAGUAGGAGGUUUAACUGAUAAAGACCCAUUUGGUUCGGACAAACUCUCUUCAAGAAAUUCAUCGCGUCUUUCUAUAUUACCGAGUCCAGCACCAACAAAUAGUUCACAAAGCGCUUUCGAAAGCGGUGAAGAAGAAUUCUUUGACGACUUACAUUUUCCUGAACAUAUGGAUUCUUUAACAUUUUCUCCUCACUUAAAUGCGAAAAAAGAAUUAGCACUUUGUAAAAAUGAUUCUUCUGAAUCCACUGUUUCUAUUACUUCUGCUCCUUUAAAGGAUAGUCGAUCUUCUACUCCAUUAUCAUCAAAAACUGCAGAAGCAUCUACUAGAAGAUAUCCUUCUCCAAUUACUUUUACUAAAAAUAAAGUUUAUCCAAAAACAGUUAAUACUGGAGGAAAGAAAUCUAAUAAUGGCGAUAAUAAUAGUUAUAGAAACAUUCAUAGUAGCUCUCCUCCAGUUUCUUCUUUGCAUAGGUUGAAAACAAAUAACGUUUUCUCGAAAAGGGUAAUAAAACCCUUACCACCUAAUAAUACUCCUCAAUUUAAAGCAAAACGUUCUACAACCAUCAAUACCACUGAUAGUACUAAUAAACCGACAUCGAAGAAGACUACUAAUGCAAAUCCCAAUAAUUUACAUUCUCCUUCAAUCAAUAAUAAAAAGAGAUUUCAACAAAAUACUACCUUUAAUACUACAUCCACAUUGGUUGAUUCUAUAUUAGAAAUUAUGCGUAAACCUAGAAGGCAACAAAGUUUUGGUGAUGGAACUGAAUUGGAUGUUUUUGAUGAUUUACCAAUUAAUCUAGAUAAGGAGAAGCAAGAUAGAAAAAAUAGUGCUUCUUCUGUUGGUUCAAAUAACGAUAAUAUUCAACAAGGACGUAAAAAGAAAAAUCGUAAAGGAAAGAAACCACAAUUAAUUAAGAACCUUAAUCUUGAUAAGAAUACAAAAGCUGUAGGUGAAAUGGUUUAUAAUCCGAUAACUCAGCGUUGGGAUGGAAACGAAUUUGUAUUAAAAGAUUUUGAUAAUGCUAUGGCUUCGCCUACCCGUCCUGCUCUCAUUACAAAUAUGAAUAAUCAUUCAACAAAUACAAAAUCUCUUCAACUUGUUGGUAAAAUGAAAUUUGAUCCAACAAAAAUGUGUUGGAAUAAUGAUUCUUCUGAAGAUGACGAAAUUUGGGAUCGAUUUGAUUAUGAUUCCGAAAAUGAUUCCAAAGAAAAAGAAGACGAUGAUGAUUGUAAUUUUAAUUCUCUUCAGGCAUUUAGUGAUAAUGACAUUUCUUCUUCUAGCGAUAGUAAUGAUUUUCAAGUUGGCUCGGAAUUUGAUAUUACUCCCGGAUUUUUAGCUGCUCUGUUGGCUUCAGAGAGACAGCAUCGUAAUGAGAUUACUAGAUGGUACCCCGGUGCUUUAAGCAAGAACAAUGAUUCUAGAUUUGGUUUGAGGGAUAUUACAUUACAAAGGAGUUAUCUUUAUGAAUUAAGAAAUAAUAAAUCUUCGUCUGAUAACAAUUCAAAAAUUUCUCACGAUAGAUCUGGCGGACUUUUUGAAGCUGCUAUGAAUUUAACAAGACAUGAACGAAGACAUUUCCGUUAA